AGCCAGUCUAUUAAAAAUGGCUGCGCCCAUGGCUUCACUUUCGUGUUUCCGGUUCCAAAAACAAACUUCUAUUUUGUUCAUUAUCUUGAUUUGUUCGCUUUCUUUUGGCCACCUGGAGGACUGUCGUGAUGAAGAGAACUCACAAUCACAUGCAGAGGAAAAGUAUUCUACAAAGGAGAAUUUGUCGGAAAGAACUUGUGAAACGGAGUCCAAGAAAUGCUCAACUCGGAACCGCAGGCACCAUGGCAGGACGACCAAUGAAACGCCUGCUCUCGUCGCAACGUUUGAUGAUUGGCAUUUCGAUGAAACACAGAUUUUAAUUGAAACUUUCCCAAUAGACAGAAUUGAAGAAAACUAUGUUCGCCAAGUGAAGAAUGCCAUAUUUUCCAAAGUGUUUCCAAUUCCAAUGAAAUCAACAACACACCUUGUUGCUAUAUCUGAGCCUGUGGCGACUGAUAUCUUGGAUCUUGACCCAACAAGUGUGAGGAACUCGGACUUCUUCAAAGCAUUUGUUAGCGGGAGUACAUUUCUUCCAGGCUCGGUGCCGCUUGCCCAUCGUUAUGGAGGCCACCAGUUUGGAUAUUGGUCUGGCCAGCUUGGCGACGGAAGGGCAGUCAUGCUAGGCGAAUACCUCAACAGGAAAGGCAAGCGGUGGGAGUUGCAGCUGAAGGGUUCAGGCCUGACACCUUACUCCAGACGCGGUGAUGGCAGGGCGGUGCUGAGAUCAUCAGUUAGGGAGUUCCUCUGCUCUGAGGCUAUGUAUCACUUGGGGAUUCCUACCUCCAGAGCCCUCAGUCUGUCAGUAAGCUCGGAUCCAGUUUGGAGAGACCAGUUUUACGAUGGUCAUCCGAAGCAAGAGCAGGCUGCUGUCGUCCUACGAUUAGCUCCAUCCUGGUUCCGUAUCGGCUCCUUGGAAAUCCUGACCAACAAUCAAGAGAUACCUCUCCUAAGAAAGCUGACAGAUUUUGUGAUUAAGCAUUACUUCCCGCAUAUUGACAGUCUUGACGACAACCGCUACCUGGCAUUCUACUCUGAAGUCGUCUCACAAACUGCUAACAUGAUCGCUAAGUGGAUGUCAGUCGGCUUCGCUCAUGGAGUAAUGAACACAGAUAAUUUCAGCCUCUUGUCCCUCACCAUUGACUACGGACCGUUUGGUUUCCUCGACGCCUACAUCCCAGACUUUGUCCCGAAUACUUCGGACGACGAAGCUCGAUACAGCUACGAGAAACAGCCAGACGUCGGGCACUUCAACCUGGACAAGUUGAGACAAGCUCUGCUACCGUUGGUCGAUCAACAGCAAGCUAAACAUCUGCUCCAGAUUCUCCAAGGCUACGCUGAUGUAUACAAGAGACGCUUCAUGGAAAUAUUCCGCAAGAAACUGGGACUAGCUGGAGAAGAGGAUGAGGAUGAAUAUAUAGUGGCCCUUCUCUUAAAGCUGAUGGAGGACAGCCGUGCAGAUUUCACGAUGACAUUCCGUCAGUUGGGGGCGCUGUCCGUCACAGACCUCGCUUUGAACAACAUACCAGAUUCCCUGUGGGCACUGAAGGAUCUCCAACAGCACAGCAGCUUUUCAGACUGGAUAAGAGUCUACACUGCUCGAGCGGGGACCUCUGGAGAGGAGACUUCACCAACAAGUCGAGAAGAUCAAAUGAAUGCUGUGAAUCCCAAGUACAUUCUCCGCAAUUGGAUGGCGCAGGACGCGAUCGUCAAAGCUGAGAACGGUGACUAUUCAGCCGUCAAUUUCUUACUGACUGUUCUCCAGAAUCCCUACCAGGAGCAAGAGGCAGCGGAGAGGGCAAACUGUGCCCAGAGGCCCCCCGACUGGGCCAGAGAUAUACGCGUCAGCUGCUCUAGCUAACCACAGGUGGUUCAAUCAAUCAAUUAAUGGACCAAUCAGAUUGAGGCAAAUACAGGUGCAUCUAGGACAUUUUUUCGUCAUCCCUUUUUUUGAACAAAAUUAUGAGAGACCUCUGGAUUGUAAAUAUUCUGCAUUUUGGGUGGAGGUUGGACAUUAUCUAACAAUAGGUGGCGCUGUUCAUGAAAGUAAGGUGUAUACGUACAUGUACUUCAUUGUCUGCAUUUUACAUCAGUUCCUGCGAGUUGCAUGAUCUUCUACAAAAAUGUCUCUCCAAAAUGGCACCUUUUAAUCCGUUAUACAAUAUUUUUGGUUAAAAUCUAGCUUUUUAUUUUGAGACUAUAUUGUUAAGUCCCGCCAAUUUAAUUCAUUCAUAUUUUGGGGGCAAAACAUUUCUCAACUUCUAGACUGUGUUAUGGCAACUCAUUCUACCACCAUGUACAUUGCUCGCUGUGAUUAGCAAAACGAACUGAACCAUUUGAAAUGAUAAUUGUAAUUAAUUUUGAAGAAAGAGUGUAAGGUUUCAGAACGAAUGCUGCAUCCUGACGCCAAUUGGUCUUCAUAUGUCAUCUCAAUGAAGGUCAUUCAUUGCAAACAUGAUAAGACAUGAAUCUGCAUGGGACUGAGAAACAUUUCUAACUCUCUGGUACACAACCAAAGAAGUGGCGUCAGCAUUCUUUCCCAGGUUUAUUGAAACACUCUUCUUUUUCCCCAAAAAAAUAUUAUGUAAAAAAGGUAAUGUGGGUAAAUACUUACAUUAAUUGUUUUUAUCAGAUUUUCAAAAAUAUUGUCCUUGCCUUGUUCAUGCAUUUUAAGCAGUCGUAGCUUCAGCUCUACAACUCAAUAAGACUUUCCCAAAUACAUGUAUUAAAAAAAUGUUGAAAAACAAAUCCAGAAAAUGUUACUAUAUUAUUUAUUUUGUACUAACAGAUUUAUCAGCCAUAAAAAAAAAAGCUGCGGAAAAUCGGCUUCUGUCUUAUUGUUAGAAAGCGCAAGUGGGCAUGCGCGCGGCCUUGCAUUCUCGUCUAAGAAGCUUGAGGGAUAAAUGCGCAUGCGCGCCAACUUAACCGUCUGACGCGAAUCCUAAAAGCGCAUGCGCGUGGACUUAGUUUAUUUUUUUUUUCG